CCACACAUUUCUAUAAAAUCUCAGCACGUGUGAAAUUAGCUUAAGUGCACUUAGACCAGGCAAAAUGAAGCAUGUGAUAAUGGACGAAUUGCUAAUCUUCUUGACGUUCUUGGGUCUGUGGCCAAGAACGCCAACAUCUCCAAAAAUAAUUUCUUACUUAAUGAUCUACUCAACUUCUUUUCUUUUCUUCGGAAGUUCAAUCUACCUGAUUCUGCAUCGCAAAUUUGGAAGCGAUGAAAUUGACACCAUUGAAAUAAUCACGAGCCAGUUCGGGGUCUUGUAUUAUCUAACACUUCUUGUGGUGAAACGGGACGGUAUUACGAAAAUCGUAAACUUGCUGUCAGAUUUUUCGAAAUUCGGGAAACCCCCGCUUUUUGAUCAACGCAGCAGGAGACUCAAUUUACUGCUGCGCCUCUUUGUGACAGUGCUUCUCGCUGCUACCGUUGCUAUAGUCUCUGUCCCGGUGGUGUUUAUUAAUUCUUGUAAUAAGCAAAAUUUGCAACUGAACGCCACGAAGAUUUGUGGCUUAGCGGCGCCGGUGUGGCUGCCUUUUGACUACACCCAGAACCCUCGGAAAUAUUUCGUUUCUGCCAUGGAAAUUUAUUGUGCCACUAUGAACUAUGCGGGCAGUGGGUCGGGGGCUUUCCUUGUAAUUGGCACGAUGGAACACUUAGUUAUAAGAAUCGAGCACUUGAAAAACAUGUUCCCGGAGAUUUUGAACGAACCCGAUAAGCAAAUUCGGGAAAAACGCUUGAAAAAAUGGAUAGAAUACCAUUUGUCUAUUUUCGAGAUUGGGGAACUCAUGAACGAAACGUACAAGUGGCCCCUAUCUGUCAUCGUCUUAUGUGUCGGGAUUCUUUUUGGUUGCAUUGGAGUCUCCACCAUGCAAUCUGUUUCUUUUCAAAACUCGUCGGUUUUUCUGUUUUUUGGCUGGUUCCAGUCAAUUUUUGUGUUGUGUUUUUGGGGACAACGCCUACUAGAUUCGUGCUUGUCAAUAAGGAAGGCGGUUUACAAUAGCAAGUGGCACGAAAUGGAUGUUUCGUUCCAAAAGUCAGUUCUCAUGAUUUUAAUUCGUUCAGAAAGACCAGUUCUAAUACACGCAGGACCUUUUUCGUACUUGUCUAACUUAUUAGUUCUUGGUGUUUUGCAAACUGCUUAUUCGUAUAUUAACCUCCUUAACGUGGGUUUUAUGCCAUUCCCUUCUCCCUUCGCAAGUCAAGUCCAACAUGACCGAAGACACAGAGCUGCAACUUUGCCUUUCGAGUUGCUACUAUCUAAAACUAUCCCUAAUGUGGCCUCUCAAGGGCGAAAAACCCGACUCGAAAUGGUUCUACUUCCGACUGAUUUUGGGCGUUUUCGCCACCAUCCUCACAUUCGCAGCGCCGGUUUUGAUGCACCUCUAGAAGCUAUGGAAGAGGGCAUGGACAUCAGCGAGGAUCUGGGGAUUUUCGCGGCCAUCAUCGGUCUCGUGACCAUGAUGGUGCUCUAUGUGGUCAAACAAAAGGACCUAUCGUCGCUUUUGCAAGACUUGAGCAACUUUGAAAAAUUCGGCAAGCCGCCAAACUUCGACAAAGUCAACAAGCGGUUAGAUUUCUUGGUAAAGUUCGUGUUCUCGUACGCUAUUUUCGGCGCCGUUGUCUACAACCUGAUGCGAAUUAUCGAGAUCCCGCAUUGCAAAAGAAACCGGAAGAUACGGGAGGUUUGUGGCGUUUUCGUGCCGCUGUGGACCCCUUUCGACGCUGAUUAUCCACCAGUCUUGGUGCUGGUGGCGUCGGUUGUUUUCAUCGUGGUUAUACUCAUCGACAAAGUGACCCUACUUGUGUCUUUGCAAGUUUUGGAAAUUUCGUGUCAUAUUAGACUGCGGAUUGAACAACUGAACGCAAUGAUUUUGAACUGUUUUAAUGGCGACUUGCAGUCCAGCCGGAAACGUCUAAACGACUGCGUUCAAUACCACAUUGAUAUUAUUAGUUAUAGCGAGAGAUUUAACAACUGUUUUACGAACGGAAUGUUCAUCCACCUCGCGACCACCGGAAUUAUCAUCGGUUGUUUGGAAAAUCAAAAUGUUGAAGGCGCGACACCCGGGGGUGUUUUGCACCUUUUCGGGUGGAUUAUCUCUCUUUUCACGUCGUGUUUGGCCGGUCAGAUUUUACUGGAUUCGAGUACGUCUGUGGCAGACGCUUUGUAUAAUUCACAAUGGUACACUGCUGAUGUUAAAUUGAGGAAAAACCUCAUUCUUAUGAUUCAAAGAAGCCAAAAACCGCUUUUUCUCGCCACGGGAGCUUUCAACAUUAUGAGCUUUGCUCUGUUUGUUACCGUAUGACUAGAGGCUUUCGCUUAAUUCACUUCACCGGAUU